GGCGAACCUCUCCGCGCAGGCGCAUUUCCCGGCUCUAGGCCGCCAUUUUGUGCAGAGCCUACUCUGCUAAAGCGGGAGAGGAUUAAAACCACCGGAGGAGAAGGGCGCGUUUCUACAUCAUCGCAGACAGAGCACAGAACGGACCCCGGACUUUCAUUCGAAUUCGACGAGAAAAUAAACAGACAAAAGCAGGUUGAGGUGUAGAUAGCAGCAGUCAGCAGAGUUCAGGCAGGUCUUUGAUUCACCAGAUGCAGGGAGUUGAGAAGACGCAUGUCUAAAGAUGAAGUUUCCACUGUUGGUACAGGUCAUACCCAUGGAGGGCGAGCCGACCGAUGCGGUGGUGGACGAGGGGGGCGACGCCUUCAAGGCCAAGGAGUGCAAGACGUACCAGCGGCGGCGCGAGGGCGGCCCCGAGGAGGACGACGAGGAGGCGGUGGGGGCGGAGCUCCUGCAGCAGGCCCAGGCCGCCGGGAUGGAGGUGGGGGCCGAGCAGCAGGCCCAGGGCGAGGUGGGCGUGGUCAGCGUCAACAGCGGCGUGGGCAUGAUGGUGAUGGAGCAGCUGGACCCCACCCUGCUGCAGAUGAAGGCCGAGGUGAUGGAGGCCGGCGUCGGGGUGGGCGUGGCGGGCACCGCCCACGAGGCCACGGUAACCACGGUGGACGACACGCAGAUCAUCACGCUGCAGGUGGUGAACAUGGAGGAGCAGCAGCUCGGCCUGGGCGAGCUGCAGCUGGUGCAGGUGCCCGUCUCCGCCGUGCCCGUCUCCGCCACCACCGCCGUGGUGGACGAGCUGCAGGGCACCUUCGUGGACGCCACGGCCAUGCCCAAGGACGGGGAGCCCGUCAUCUGCCACACCCUGCCCCUUCCCGAAGGAUUCCAGGUGGUGAAGGUGGGCGCCAACGGGGAGGUGGAGACGGUGGAGCAGGAUGAGCUGCAGCCGCAGGAGCCCCCCGAGCCCCAGAACGAGGACCCGUCCUGGGCCAAAGACCCCGACUACCACCCGCCCAUCAAGAAGGCCAAGAAGGCCAAGAAGAGCAAGCUGCGCUACGACACGGAGGAGGGCAAGGACAUGGACGUGUCCGUCUACGACUUCGAGGAGGAGCAGCAGGAGGGGCUGCUGAGCGAGGUCAACGCCGAGAAGGUGGUGGGCAACAUGAAACCGCCCAAGCCCACCAAGAUCAAGAAGAAAGGAGUGAAGAAGACAUUCCAGUGCGAGCUGUGCAGCUACACGUGCCCGCGGCGCUCCAACCUGGACCGCCACAUGAAGAGCCACACGGACGAGAGGCCGCACAAGUGCCACCUGUGCGGGCGCGCCUUCAGGACCGUCACCCUGCUGAGGAACCACCUGAACACGCACACGGGCACCAGGCCGCACAAGUGCGGGGACUGCGACAUGGCCUUCGUGACCAGCGGGGAGCUGGUCCGACAUCGCCGCUACAAGCACACCCACGAGAAGCCCUUCAAGUGCUCCAUGUGCGACUACGCCAGCGUGGAGGUGAGUAAGCUAAAGAGGCACAUCCGCUCACACACGGGCGAGCGGCCGUUCCAGUGCAGCCUGUGCAGCUACGCCAGCAGGGACACCUACAAGCUGAAGAGACACAUGAGGACCCACUCAGGCGAGAAGCCGUACGAGUGCUACAUCUGCCACGCCCGCUUCACCCAGAGCGGCACCAUGAAGAUGCACAUCCUGCAGAAGCACACGGAGAACGUGGCCAAGUUCCACUGCCCCCACUGCGACACCGUCAUCGCCCGCAAGAGCGACCUGGGGGUGCACCUGAGGAAGCAGCACUCUUACAUCGAGCAGGGCAGGAAGUGCCGCUACUGCGAGGCGGUGUUCCACGAGCGCUACGCCCUCAUCCAGCACCAGAAGUCCCACAAGAACGAGAAGCGCUUCAAAUGCGACCAGUGCGACUACGCCUGCCGGCAGGAGCGCCACAUGGUGAUGCACCGACGCACGCACACCGGGGAGAAGCCUUACGCCUGCAGCCACUGCGAGAAGACCUUCCGCCAGAAGCAGCUGCUGGACAUGCACUUCCGCCGCUACCACGACCCCAACUUCGUGCCCACCUCCUUCGUGUGCACCAAGUGCGGCAAGACCUUCACCCGCAGGAACACCAUGGCGCGGCACGCCGAGCACUGCACCGGGCCCGACGCCGAGGGCGAGAACGGCACCACGCCCCGCAAGCCCCGGGUGGGGAGGAAGAGGAAGAUGCGCUCCAGGAAGGACGACGACGACAGCGACGAGCACGGGGAGCCCGACCUGGAUGACAUCGACGAGGAGGACGAGGAGGCCCUCCUGUCCACCACGGAGAUGGAGCUGGAGCAGGCGCCGCCCACCAUCCCCGUCCCCGCCCCCAUGCCCCCGCCCGUCAAGAGGAAACGAGGCCGACCGCCCAAGAACCAGCCCAAACCCGCCCCACCGGCCGCCAUCAUCCGGGUGGAGGACGAGAGCACGGGCACGGUGGAGAACAUCAUCGUGAAGAAGGAGCCGGAGCCCGAG